AUUUUGGUAUCAAGAAGUAGUCCGCUCGUUGUUAUAAAAUUCGGAUAUAGCACGUUGGAUGGAUGGAUCGUAUGGACGGAUACUGUCUCCUGUGUCACCUUUUUCCUUAAACGUUGGCGUGCGUCAUGCCGUCACACGAGCACGACCCUAGCGGCGAAGUACAGAACUAGAGCGCGCAAGUUGAUUAAUUUUAUAGCCUCCUUCCGGUUAAUGCAAGGCAACGAAUGCAUCUCGGUCUCAAGAACAGAAUGUGAACACCACUGUGCCUUUUGUGCAGCCAGAAAAUGAGUGAAAUGACAAGUGUGUGCAUUGCACCGAAGUGACUCGUAACCUCGCAACGAAGCUCAUCCGAUCCGCGAUGUUUCAUCAGUCAUCGUGAGCGUCUGACUGUCCCCCGAGGGACAGACCUUUUUGUAACAGCUAGCAACGUCCACUGAACAAUGAAGGAGGACGGUUCGCACAACGAAGCGUCACCGGACGUUCCGAAGAAAUCUAGCGCCCUCGUCGUUUCCUCAUGGAUAGCAGUAACGUUCGUUGUAGUGCUCAUAGUUGCUCUCGGAAUGCUCUCCCUAUGUCUUUUUCGCGUGAAUGUCCUCGAAGGGAAAAUAUUGAGCCUCGAAGAACGCAUGUUCAACAUGGAAGAACAACGAGUGAGACCCACCAAUAUGUUAAAGCGCACGAAAAGAGACGUAGAGCCGAGUUGUUUGUGCCCGCCGGGGCCUCCUGGUCGAAGAGGACGGCGCGGUAUGAAGGGGGAUGGCGGAGAUCUUGGACCUCCCGGACCUCCUGGUCUUCCAGGCAAGCCAGGGUUUCCUGGUGCCAUAGGAAUGGACGGCCCGAAGGGCGAACCCGGACCCAUGGGUCUUCCUGGCAUUGCAGGCCCGAAAGGAGACAAAGGUGACAAGGGAGAUGGCAUUAGGAGCACCAAGGGCAUGAAACGAUCAGUGACGCGACUACACGGUGGCACGCUUGGCUACACUGAAGUGAUUGCGAUGAAAGGAGCCCCUGGUGAACCUGGGUCACCAGGACCUCCAGGGCCCCCUGGAUUUGAUGGCAGAACAGGUCCUCCAGGUGAAAUGGGUCUUCCUGGACCAAAAGGAGAAAAGGGGGAUCAUGGGUUUGUGGGCCUGCCAGGUGAUUCAGGCCUAGUAGGUCCUCCUGGACCGAAGGGGAGUAUGGGCAGAGAUGGCCUGCCAGGAGACAAUGGGAGACCUGGAACGCCAGGGCUGCCUGGACUUCCUGGACAGAAAGGAGAGCCAGGUGCCGUGGUAUUGACGGAUGGGGUGACGUUACCAACGUCAUUUGUGCAGGGACCUCCGGGUCCACCUGGACUCCCGGGUUUGAAGGGAGACCCAGGUGCAAAAGGGUCGAGAGGGGAGAAAGGUGAUGAGGGUAAGAAAGGAAAACGUGGCAGGGUAGGUUUGAUGGGAAUAAAAGGAGAUAAAGGAGAUGCUGGCCAGAAAGGUGAUCAUGGAUUGAUGGGAGACAAAGGAGAAAAGGGUGAAACGGGAGAAAUGGGACCAGAAGGUUCUCCUGGUGAUCAGGGUCAGCCCGGAGUGGAUGGUGAUAUGGGACCACAAGGGUCUCCUGGACUGCCUGGCCUUCCGGGCCCAAAAGGGGAGCAAGGAAAUCGAGGGGACUACGGCCCAGCAGGAUUGAUGGGCCCUCCAGGUCUCACAGGACCCCCAGGGAAGCAGGGGCCCAGAGGGGAGAAAGGGAACAAAGGCGAACCGGCUGUUGCUAAAUACGUACGCCAUACGAUGGUUGAGAAUACUGAUGACAGAGACUUCUUUAGUGGGCCCCCUGGUCCUCCAGGACUUCCAGGAGUUCAGGGACCACAGGGUCCACCGGGAAUCAAGGGGGCUCGCGGAGCUAAUGGGCAGAAAGGUGAACCAGGACAAAAGGGAGAUGCUGGUGGUCCGGGUCCCAUGGGGCUUCCUGGGCCAGCUGGACUUAGAGGUGAACCAGGCAAGCCAGGAUAUGAUGGACUUCCAGGAUCAGCAGGGGAGAAGGGAGACCUGGGAAGCAAAGGUGAUAAAGGAGAAACAGGAUCUCCUGGUCUGGAUGGUCUACCAGGACACCAAGGAGAACCGGGAAUGAGGGGUAAACCCGGGAAGAAAGGGGAGAAGGGAGACAGUGGACUGUUCAAGUCAGAGUCGAUGGUCUUCCCGAUUGCAGGAACAACUGCUUGACAGCUUCAAUCCAGGACAUUUCUCUAAAUGGUUUGCUGUUUUUUACAUUCUAUACUAUAUUGGUGACUUCCUUUGUACCUGACUUAGCGUAAAAAUAUUUGUUUUUUGGUCAAUCAUUCCAGCGUUAUUUGUUUCUAUUGAUGUUACACUCUUUUGAUAAGUAACAUGGGUGAAUCUCUUUUGCUAUGCUUAACAAUAUUGUACUGAUCGAUUAAACAAUUUACGUCUAUGCGGAACAACAACAUGAAGCAGAUUUCCCCAGUUUUAGACGGGCUUAUGGAAAUCUUUAUGAUAGUGAUGUUUCUUUGCAACUUUUGUAACUCAAGUGCAACAUGCAAGCAAUAUUUGCUAACUCCUACCGUUCUCAAGCACAUUCCCCAGUGUUUUGUGGCAAGCUUUCUAUUGACUUUGUUGAAAUGAACACACAGUUUAAUUUGUUCAAGCCACCUAGGUAGCACUAUUUUUAUGCUGUUAUGGUUUUUUGCAUAUAUCCUAGUUUAUUUUGAGUGAUGACAGAUAGUGCCAGCAAGUUUUCUGAGCAUUUUAUGGGGCUUGCCACUUAAUGCUUGGGAAUAUAUUUCAUAUUGCUGAGGCUGUAUCAGCUUCAUUUCUCCAGACUUGAACACUCACUUGACAAUACAUUAUGGUUUAAUGAUGCUCAAUCACUCGCUUUGUUUUGCUGCUACAUUGUUUUUAUCUGUAUUUAUGUAACCACGAUCUCACUUAGUCUUGGAUGACGAUUAGGAAUUUUUUCGAGUACUUUUUCUGUCGAUUGCAUAGUGUACAUGUAUAGCUUUUUCGAUGCCGUCCUAGAUUUCAAAGUAUACACUUUGUGGUCAUGCAAAGGUUACAUCUUGCAAAGUAACUGUGGAGUAGUUUUGCUUAAGAUAUUUGGCUGGAUAAUUUGUAAUUUUUAUAUUCAUCCAAAAUAUUUGGGUCUAGUUCAUAGCAACACCCCUUACUAAACUUGUUACUUCUUUUCUACAAUUGUCCUUUACAAGAAAUAGUGUAAUCACAUUCACUCAUUCAUGGUGCCAAAUGUUUACGAUUAAGCUGUAUUAUUUAUGGUUUUGCCGAUGCGUGUUUUUUUAUAUUGGUUAUUUUUUAAAUAUGUGCAGCUAUUUUGUGAAAGAAAAUAAAGCAACAUUAUGGCA